AUGCCAGUUCUCAAGCCAUCCGCUGAAUGGGGUCACUGCGUGCCCCCAGAGUCGGCCUAUGGCAUCACAACCUAUGGGCCGGGCUGGGAUACGGCAAUCAAGCUCCGUGAUGGUGACGCGGCCACCAUAGCCCGCGUAGUACACAUUUAUCCUAGAUUCGGCCCCUUCGGGCCCGUUGCCAAGACCCUCAUGGCCAUCUGUGCCAAAAUCCAGACCCCUGAAGGCCAUGGUGCACUAUACUUCACCUCUCCCGCCUCCUUCGCCGCAGCGCGCGCCCAUGCCCUUCAUCCUCACCGCAAGCAGCACAUCCUGACCGACGAAGACCUGGGCUACCGGUGCGUCGACAUCGGCGACGUGAGACUGUACCUCAUCACGUAUCCCAUGUCCAAAACGCCCGGCAUCAUCGGUGUCUGGCAGAACCCCGGCAUCGGGGUCUCCAUCCGUCUGGCGGAGAAGCUGCUGCAGGGUAUUGACUCUCUCAAAGAAGUCGUCGUGGAGGCGACGAACUCGCCUCCCCCGACAGACUAUCUCCCCGAAGGCGAGGCGCAUGGAAAGCUCAAGGAAAGGAUCGCGGGGCUCCUGCAUAGAGCCGCCAUCUACCCCGACAAAGUCAAGGUUGAGAGAAGAGAUGUCUUUCUAUACCCUACUGGGAUGGCUGCCAUCUUCGCCGCUCACAGGACCGUGCUCGAGUAUCGGCCCGGCGCCGUUGCGAUUCUAGGCGUUGCUUUCCACAGCACCGUGCACUACCUCCAAGAGUCCUCGCCGCAUGGUUACAUGCACUUCGGGCCGGUUGACGCAAAGGGUCUGGACGAUUUCGAGACCUGGCUCGACGGUGAGGCUGCUGCGGGGAGGGAUGUGAGCUACAUCAUCACCGAGUUCCCCAGCAACCCCUUGCUCGCAAGCAUUGAUAUCGGACGUCUCAAGAAACUCGCCGAGAAGCACAGGUUCAUACUCGUUCUUGACGACACCCUCGGCUCUUUUGCCAGCAUCGAUAUCCUGGGGGAGUCUGACAUACUCGUCUCUUCCCUCACGAAGUCGUUUUCCGGGUACGCAAAUGUCCUGGGAGGCAGCAUCGUCCUAAACCCGCUCUCCCCACACUACUCCGCCCUCGCCUCCCUUUGGCGCGAACAACACAACGAACUCUACAUCGAUGACGCGGAGGUCCUGCUCGCCAACUCGGAGGACUACCUCCAACGCACUGCAGUCCUCAACCGCAACGCCGCCGCCAUGGCCAACCACCUCCACACGCACGCCAAGAGCCCCUCGUCCCCCAUCGCCAAGGUUCUCUACCCGACCCUCCUCCCGGACUACGCGGUCUACGAGGCUCGCCUUCGCAAGCCGACCCCCGACCUCCCGGAGCCCGGCGCGGGGUGCCUCCUGAGCAUCGACUUCGAGUCCGUCGCCACGGCGCGCGCGUUCUAUGACCGAUUGGCGUUCUAUCCCGGCCCCCACCUGGGGGCCCAUCGCACCCUCAGCUUUGCGUACAACCUGCUCGCGUUCGGGAAGGACCCCGACGAGGCGGCGUACCAUCGGUCGUACGGCAUCCUGGAGGGGGCGGUGCGCAUCUCGGCGGGCCUGGAGGACGUGCAGGACCUGCUGGAUACGUUGGAUGACGCUCUGGCCGUUGCUCAGGAAACGAAGGACAAGUUGGCGGAGGGUCCGCGGACGGUGGAGGCUGCUGCUGGGUUGGGCGUGGCCGCUUGA